UUCUUGAGAAACUCACACCCAUAACGUGUUCCGAAGAAAAAGAAAAGUUCCUCCUCCUCCUCCUCCUCCUCCUCCUUGUUUCUUGUUUACAUACCACUCUUUCCAACAAUUGCUCACAAUUGUGCAAUUUGAAGAAGCCAUGAGGAACACCAAAGUGGCCAGCAAGCAAAGCAAGAUCAAGCACUUGAUGUCGGCGCCCCUGAGGAUCAUGAGCAAGGCGAAGAACUUCUACAUGAGGAACAUGGAGGACUUCGCCGGCAGGGUGGGCCAGAACGGCGGAGUUGGCGGCCCUGCCGCUGCUCAGGUCACGACGCUGCCCAAGAGCUUCAGCGUGAACUCAUCCAAGGAGAGGGACGAGGACGAGGACUUCCGGGAGCUCGUGCGGGCCGUUUCUAAGAGGAGAGGCUUGGACAUGACCGGUUUCGAGUCGCGGAACGGGUACGGUUCCAGUAGCGGUACCAAUAAUGUUUACGGCGUGGGGAGGAGCCAAAGCGUGGGGUUGGGGAAGAUAGGGAGGAUUGAUGAGAACAUCCCUGCUGAUGAGUUUGAGGAAGAUAGGUUGAAUCUGAAGGCCGAUUCGGCGUAUCCAAGGAGCAGAAGCCAUGCUGUUGGCCGGAGAAACGUUGGGCUCUAUUAAAUGCUAAAGGCAAAGAAACUUUGGUGGAUUAUAAGAUGUUUGAAUUGGGGAAGAUCAAGAUGUAAAUAAUAAGAGUUUGAGGGCGUGUCCAUUUCGACUUAUGUACCUUCUUGGAUUGUAUCAAAUUGGUGAUUGUUU